AUGUACGCAGACAUCAGCAAACCCCCAGCUCCCCUUCCCCAGUCCGAAUUGCAGACGAUUGGAAGCGGUAUCUCAACACUGUCACCUCUUUCUCGCCGAGGGGUUGGGCCAGGACUCAUUCUUCUUGUCCCUUCAGUCGACAAUGCGCUAGCAAUUGAGGAAGGCGUCCCCGCACUGCCCCUGAAAUGGGCUGAGGAGGGGUACACGGUCAUUGCCAUUCAGCCAACAGCGUUCGAGAGCGGUGCACGCGAGACUCUAGAUCUUGCCAUCCGAACAUUCCGCAACAGUGAUAAAUGCGACCCAAAAAACGUGGUAGGUCUUGUUGCAUACGAGCCAGAAAUGUGGAAUACAGUUGCGCCGAUUCUAUCUGAAUUCCCAGAGAUCGUGAGUACCGUGGUGUACGCAGAUAGCUCAGAGAGGUCUUCGAUCUCUAGUAGCAUUUCACCCUCAGUCUAUCACUUUGCUGGAAAAUCCGAAGGGCAGCCCUUGCGGUCAAAGGGUCGAACAGAAUACUUCUACCCAGCAGCCAAAUCCUUCAAAUUCGCGACACCGUUCCAGCCGCACUUCGACUACAACAUGGAUAUGCUCUCAUACACUCGCAACCUGACUUUGCUGAAAGGCGAAAUGAAAAGCCCUAUUUUCGACUUGGAGGCUAUCUGGGACGAGCAUACUUGGUACGAGUUCGCCGAUAGAUCUGUGGAGCACACAAUGAGCACAAUGGUGCAGGAACCAUAUGUCAAUCACAUCCCAACGUUGACCGGUGGCGUUGGUCGCGGCAAGCUUACUGACUUUUAUCGUCACAAUUUCAUCUUCAAUAAUUCAGCGGACACGGAAUUGGAGCUUAUUAGUCGGACCAUUGGCAUCGAUCGUGUAGUCGAUGAAUUCAUUUUCAAGUUCACACACGACCAGGAGCUUGACUGGCUCUUGCCAGGCGUUCCGCCAACCAACAAGUACGCGGAAAUCCCGUUUGCUGCGGUUGUCAACAUCCGAGGUGAUCGCCUGUAUCACGAGCAUAUAAGCUGGGAUCAAGGUACAGCCUUGGCUCAAUUGGGCCUCCUUCCGGAGUACCUCCCUUUCCCAGGGGGUAAUCUCCAGUACAAGGUUCCCGUUGCAGGCGUAGAGACAGCCAUGAAGUUGAGAGCACGAAAUUCUGUUCCGUCAAACGAGAUGUUCAAGUUCACAACUCGCCCCGCAAACAGCGAAGGAGUGAAUUCAGAGAAAGUGGUUCCGGCUGUAGCCGAAAACGGUGUGGCAACAGUUGCAAAUUAA